UUUGCUACUUUAAUCAGGCGCAUUUCUCUUAAUGUACAUAUACGUGAAACAAAACGUUAAUGUUAUUAUAGCCUCAGUGCAGUCUUUAAACUUUUGAUUCGCGCGUACGAUACUAUUUUCCGUCGAAAUGUCCAAAAGCAACUCUUUUUCGGACUCUGUACAGCUUGCAAACACCGCGCUCAUCUGCCAUUAGGGGACACGUGUUCCUUCCAGGAAGGAGUGGAGAGCAGGCUCCGCAACAGUUGAUACCGCGGCGCGGAAACAGUGUAGCUCCGGUCGGCCAGAGGACGGGUUGUCUGUCCAGUGCAGGGGACCACGGACGGUGAUUCGAUCGCUGAAUUCGUGGGCAUAUUUCCACUUUGUUUAGGGACACUUGGAUUCAUACUUUCUAAUGUUUUCACCCGAGAUAUAGUUGAUAAGGAAACGACUGCUGCAAGGCAGAGUGAGGCCAUGGUCCAGGUCGGCUUGGUGAAGGACGGUGCACUGUUUGGUCCUGAUGGCAGAUAACCUUCCGUCUGGGCUGCUGGAAGCAUGUGUCGUUGUUGGAGCCUCCAAUGAUAAGUUGAAGGAAGUCUUCCAGUCACUGCAGCAGGGGAAGGAGAAGGAGUCCCCACCGCUGGAAGCAGAGGUCUUGCAAGUGCAUGCACCUCCCUUUGUGACCAAGGAGACUGCGGGGGGACCCCAGGGCUCGAGCGGGUUUGGCAGGGUCCAGCGCCGGCGCUCCUUCAUCAAGAAGAAGAAGGACAGACCCGCAACGCCCGCCAGCGAUGAUACCACCAAGGACAGUGAAGCAGCUGACGAGGAUGUCAGCGUCCCGAAAGACAUUGAUCUCGUGGCACUUCCCCAGCUCUGCUUCCCUGGAGGGCUCCAGAUAUCCAGUGACUCAAGAGAAGACUCUUUCCAUUUCCUCGUUUUCACUGAUGUCCUUGGAAACCAGACAUAUGGAGUGGUUGUUCAGUAUUGCAGGCCAGUGCAGAUCUACCAGGACAGUUCACUGUACCAGAAUGGGCACUGGUCAUCCUCAAAGGUCCCACGGCUCUAUGCUACCUUUGGAAUCUGCGUCAUCUCCAAAUACCCCUACUACAAUGCCCUCAGAGACUGCCUGUCAUGCCUCCUGGUUCAGCUGAAGACAUGCCGGAUGGCAGACUUUCAGGAGCGGGUCAAGGAGUUUGCCGCCAAGCUGGCACUAGUACCCAUCCCUCCUCCAGGACAGUUUCAAGUGGCAUUUAACCUCAGGCCGCUGCAAAUCGUGCUGCCAGCUAAAGAGGACAAGGAGAACCCCACUGUGGACCUGGACCUCCAUCUGCCGUUCCUGUGCUUCAAGCCCCGCCAGCUUUUACAGAUCAUCACCUGUAUCCUGACGGAGCAGAGGUUGGUGUUCCUGUCCUCGAACUGGGCGCGGCUCACACUGAUGGCCGAGUGCUUCAUGCUCUUCAUCCGGCCGUUGCUGUGGCAGCACCCCUACGUCCCCAUCCUCUCCCAACAAAUGCUGGACUUCAUCAUGGCUCCCACCUCCUUCCUCAUGGGCUGCCACCUCCACCACUUUGAGGAGGUUGCCGCGGAAACGGAUGAUCUGAUCUUGAUAAAUAUCGAUGAUGGGACCUUGUCGUCCUUGAGCUUGGAGAAUGUCGACAUUCCAGAUGUGCCAUUGGAUGCUGAGGAGUGUUUUGUAAAACGGAUGGAGAGCAUCCAGUUUCAUUAUGACUUGGACGUCUGCCAUCUGGGGACCAGCACAGACAUCAAUGAGCAGAGGAUGCAGAGAAGGCAGUGGCAACAGAGGCUCAACAGCGAAAUCCAGACUGUCACUUUAGAGCUCAUCGUCAACAUCUUCAGGGAAGUCCAGGAUCACCUAAACUAUGAGCACAGAGUGUUUAACAGUGAAGAGUUCCUGCGGUCCCAGGACCCCUUGGACCAGCCCUUUUAUAAAAAGGUCUUGGACACACACAUAUUCCACUCCUUCUUGAAGGAUCGCCUCAACAGGAAGAUGGACUCUUUCACACGUUUGGAGAGGAGCACUCGUUCUGAGGCCCAGAGGAUGAAGGCCACGCUGGACUCCCCCCGCCGGCCCACCAUGCAGCAGAUGGCCCGCAAGCACAGCGGCCCCGAGACGCGUCUGAGCCGGAGGCUGGGCGCCAGCCUGCCCAACCUGGGAGAGGAGCAGCCCCACGGCCUGCCCAUGCGCCAGACCUCGCUCAAGAAGCUCAGCUAUGACGCCAGUGUGACCUCAGCCCUGAAGAUUCCAGAGAAGUCUUUGAAAACGUUCAAGCUUCCUGAGUUCCCGCCGCCCCUGGCCUACCACUAUGUGCAGAACUACUACUCCGAAGUGAUCGGCCUUCUGGGAAAAGCCAUGGCCUCGCUGCCGCCAGAGAACUCUGCACUGCUGGCCCGCUACCACUACCUGCGUGGCGUGGUAAACACGGUGGCCGGUAAGCGCCUGGACGCCCUCGCCGAUUUCCAGAACCUGUACCGGACGGAUAUUGACAUCUUCCCCGGAGAGCUGGCACAGUCGCUGGUGGAGUCACUGCUGCCUGACGAGCGGGCGCAGGCGGAACGGCGGUCUGAGCUCAAGCGGCUCGUCAGCAAGGCGAAGAAGGAGCGUGACACUGAUGGGGCCAGCCGCGGCGACGACGGCGGAGGCGUCAAGAAGUUCCAGCUGCCCCGGACGCACAUGCGCCUGGAGGACUUUGUUAAGCGCGUCCAGGAGUCAGGCAUCGUGAAGGACGUUGCCACCAUCCACCGGCUCUUUGAGGCGCUGACCGUGGGCCAGAUCAAGCAGGUUGACCCAGAAGUGUUCCGAGUCUUCUACACCUUCUGGAAGGAGACAGAGGCGGAGGCACAGGACGUGUACCUGCCCGCCGGGGUCAUUGAGCACCUGGACACCCACGAGUGCGUGUACAAGCUUUCCUCAUCUGUCAAGACCAGCCACGGUGUGGGCAAGAUUGCCAUGACUCAAAAGCGGCUCUUCCUGCUCACUGAGGGCCGGCCAGGAUACGUGGAGAUCACCAAGUUCAGGGACAUUGAGGAAGUGAAAAUCUCCUCCGCUCCCUUCCUGCUGCUGAGAAUCCCCUCGCUGAAGAUCAAGAGCAGCCUGAGGAAGGAGAUGUUCGAGGCCAACCUGAAGUCUGAGUGUGACCUGUGGAACCUCAUGGUCAAGGAGAUGUGGGCCGGGAGGAAGAUGGCAGAUGACCACAAGGACCCUCAGUACAUGCAGUUGGCUCUCACCAAUGUUCUCCUCAUGGAUGCCGUGGUUGGCUGCCUUCAGUCACAGAAGGCAAUCUACGCCGCCACCAAACUGGCCUACUUCGACAGGAUGAAGCUGGAAGUACCCAUGAUGGUCCCGAAAACGACGUCGGAGACCCUGAAGCACAAGAUCAACCCGUCCGUGGACCAGACGGAGCCGCGGGCGGUGGACGUGCUGCUGUACACCCCAGGCCAGCUGAGCGUGUCAGACCCGGACAGCGAUGGGAACCCCAAGCUGUGGUGUGCGCUGAGCGAUGGGAAGGUGGUGGUGUUCGACGCGGCCAGCUGGUCCAUGCAGCAGAGCUGUGUCCAAGCCGGGGCGUCACGCCUGAACUGCAUGCUGGGAUUGGACCUGUAUCAAGUGUGGAUUGGCUCCCAGGAUUCUGUCAUUUACAUAAUCAACACCCGCAGCAUGUCCUGCAAUAAGCAGCUGACAGAACAUCGAAACGAGGUGACUGGCUUUGCCCUGGAAGAGAGGGGGGAAGCAUACAGCCAAAGGCAGGCCUACUCCUGCAGUGUGGAUGGAACAGUGAUAAUCUGGGAUGUCUCAACACUGCAAGUGAGAAAGCAGUUUCGGCUGAGCUGUGACAGGCUGCAGUCAAUUCAGCUGUUCAGUGGGAUUCUAUGGUGCUGUGCCCGAGACUGCAUCAUGGAGAUGAGGAAGAACGGGGUGCCCCACCGCCGGCUGUCCCUCCCUGAGCACCUCAGCAGCAGGCCAAGCACCUUCAGUGGCUUCACCCUCCUCACAGAGAAGGAGCAGCUGUGGACAGGCUGCGCGGAAGCAGCCGAGCUCUGCGUGUGGCACACCCGGGAUCUGGCCAAGCCUUUCCAGAGGAUUCCGCUGCAGGACUGCGAAGGGGUCACCUGUAUGAUCAAGGUCAAGAACCAGAUCUGGGUCGGCUGCCGGGGGUGGAGCCAGGGGAAGGUGAGGGGGAAGAUUUACGUGGUGGACACAGACAAGCACACUGUGGAGAAGGAGCUGGUGGCACACACUGACAGUGUGCAGGCCCUGUGCUCCGCUGAGGACCGCUAUGUGCUCAGCGGCUCGGCUUGCGAAGACGGGAAAAUUGCCAUCUGGAAGGUGGAGUAGAGCGUGGCUGCACUCUGCUGCCCCUGCUGGCCCAGCGGUUUACUGGAACCUGGAUAACCCCUGCUGGUGCUGCUGGGCAUAACAGGAAAGCACUACAAAGCCUGUACAUAUAUGAUCCAAAAGGGAGAGUGCUGUUUGCAUCGCUGCAGUGGAAUUGACUCAUUGUUCCUUAAGGAUACCAGAUGCUGCAGAAGGACCUACUGUGAGCCGGAACAAUUAAGACCUGCAUUGAAAAUUCUCCCUCUCUCUUACUCACUCUGUCACUGUUACUCCAUCUCCCUCUCUCUCUUAUAUGCUCUGUGUUAAUUGGCAAAUAACUUUUCUUAGCUCACUCCUCUCCCAGCUGUUUACUGUAGUGUUAAGCUGCACCUGUCUCACUCCUCUCUCUGCUGUUUACUGUAGUGUUAAGCUGCACCUGUCUCACUCCUCUCCCUGCUGUUUACUGUAGAUGCAACAUUUUUUAUGAAGACAUGAUUUAUUAAAAA